GGAAGGUACUUCAUGCAGAGAAAAAAAAAAAAAAAAGUGCAAAGACUCAGGAAUAGGAAUGGGCUUUGGGUGUACAAGGAGCACCAAGGAGGCUAUUGUGACAGAGGCAUAUUGAGUAAGGGAGAAAGUGGUAGACUUGAGGUCACAGUGGAAGGAAGGGAGGGAGUUGGCUGUGGUAAAGACUAUGGAUUUUAUUCUAAGAGGAAUUGCCUAGAAAGGCACGGAGGGUUUUCCCAUGGAGGGAAAAGCAACAUGUGUUUAUAUGUUUGAAAAGAUCCCAUCCGCUGCUGUUUGGAGAAAGGACUGGAUUGUAGGGGGACAGAGUGGAAGCCCGGAAUCCAGUGUCAUUAGGAGACUACUACUGAGAUCCAGGGAGAGACAAUAGGCUGCUAGCUCUAGGGUGUGGGGUGGAGACGGAGAGAAUAGAUCCAAAUUACGUUUUGUAGGCAGACAGAACAGGUUUUGAUGGUGGGUUAGAUGUGGUAAGUAAAGAAGGAAUCAAGGGUAUGGUGAUGCAUUUACUGAAAUGAAGACAGGAGAAAAACAGGUGUAUAUGGUGUUGGAGAAGGAGAUUAAAAGCUCUGUUUUGGAGAAAGUAAGUUUGACAUGCCUGCUAGGCAUCUGUGUGGUGAUAUCAGAAGAACAAAUGGAGACAGUCUGGAGUUCAGGGGAGAAAGGCAGGCUAGAGAUACAAUAUUGGGAAUCAGCAUAUAGCUGAUAAUCAAGCCAUGGGAUUAGAAAAGAUGGAAAAGAAAAAAAAAAAGAUAAAAUCCUCCCCACAUUGAGAGGUCUGGUUGAGGAAAAGGGAGUUAGCAAAGGAGGAGCCGAUAAGUAUGAAGUAACGAGUAUGAAGUAGAAGUAUGAAGAAACGAGGGGAGUGUGUUGUGGAAAAAGAGGAUUUCAAGGAAGGAGGGUUACCUGUAGCAGAGGCUCAAUAAAUGAGUGUCAGCUGCCCCGUGAUGAAGCAAUGCCAAGUGAAAUAGUGCUCUGGAAGCUGGAAGACCAUUUCAGCAUCUCUACAAAUUGUCCCUGUAAGCUUAGAGUUGUUAAGGCGAGAGAGAAAAAGGACCAUAAAGCUUUUAAGUAUCAAAUGAGAUUAUGGCCGAAAACGCAUUCUGUAAGCCGCCCAGUCCUGUGAUAACGUCACUGUUGGGUUUUUAUUAAUGAGCUGGCGAUUAGAAUUAAGACCACCGGUGAGGGAGAGCGCCUAAGACGUACAGAAAGAGUUGUCAAGAAGGAAAUUUCAUAAUGAAGAAAACUCCCGAGAGCUUGCGUCAAAACCAGGCUUGGGGUUAGGCGAGAGAUACGGGAGCAUUGCUGCGCUUCAUUUAGAAUUUAACCCUGCGGCGAUAGCAGUAAGAAAAACAGGGCGGAUGGAAAACUCAAAGCUGAGAAGGAGGAAGUCCGGCCCCAAACGUGAGAUUUCUCUGGCUCCGCCUCCCUCCUCCACGGGCCAAUCAGGAUCCAACUGACAGGACGGAGAAAGAGGGCGGAGCCUGAGGUCCGUUAAUAACCGCUAAGCCCCAUUCAGUUAUUCAUUUGAUUCCUUUCCCUCCAAGGGUUUACUGUUGCUGCUCCUACAAAACUUUGGGAGGGCAUACCACUUUGGAAAAAGCUCUGGCAGUUUCAUAUAAAAGUAAAUGUGUACCUGUUCGAUGACUCAGCAGUUUCUCACCAAGACCUCCGGGGGCGGUGGAGAUGCUGUCGGGCACCCAGGCAGCGCCAGUGGAAUUCGAGGACGCAGAGCUGCGGUGUCGCGUGGCUGUGGAGGAGCUGAGCCCCAGCGGGCAGCCGCGAAAGCGCCAGGCCCUACGCACCGCGGAGCUGAGCCUGGGACGAAAUGAGCGCCGCGAGUUGCUGCUGCGGCUGCAAGCGCCUGGGCCCGCGGGGCGGCCGCGCUGCUUCCCUCUGAGGGCGGCGCGCCUGUUCACGCGCUUCGCAGCGGCCGGGCGCAGCACACUACGGCUCCCAGUCGACGGAGCUCCCCGCGCGGGCGCUGUGCAGCUGCUGCUCUCCGACUGUCCCCCCGACCGCCUGCGACGCUUCCUGCGCACGCUGCGUCUCAAGCUGGCCGCAGCCCCGGGCCCCGGACCGGCCUCCGCCCGCGCACAGCUGCUUGGCCCGCGGCCCCGAGACUUCGUCACCAUCAGCCCAGUGCAGCCGGAGGAGCUGCGGCGCGCGGCGCCCACCGGUGUCCCGCACGCCACGCCCGUGAAGCGGCCGAGGGAGCUCCGGGCGAGAUCUGAGCCCAGCAACGAAGCCCCAAAGUGGCCCUUGCCUGUGAAGAGGCUGAGCUUGCCCCCAAGCAAACCACAGCUUUCUGAAGAACAGGCUGCUGUGCUGAGGGUUGUCCUGAAAGGCCAGAGCAUCUUCUUCACUGGGAGUGCAGGGACAGGGAAGUCUUAUCUGCUGAAGCGUAUCCUGGGCUUGCUGCCUCCCACAGGUACUGUGGCUACUGCCAGCACUGGGGUGGCAGCCUGCCACAUCGGGGGUACCACUCUUCAUGCCUUUGCAGGCAUUGGCUCAGGCCAGGCUCCUCUGGCCCAAUGUGUAGCCCUGGCUCAGCGGCCAGCUGUGCGGCAGGGCUGGCUGAACUGCCAGCGGCUAGUCAUUGAUGAGAUCUCCAUGGUGGAGGCCGACCUGUUUGACAAGCUGGAAGCCGUGGCCAGAGCUAUCCGGCAGCAGAACAAACCAUUUGGAGGGAUCCAGCUCAUCAUCUGUGGGGACUUCCUGCAGCUGCCACCUGUAACCAAGGGCUCCCAGCCCCCAAAGUUCUGCUUUCAGGCCAAGAGCUGGAGAAGAUGUGUCCCAGUGACCCUAGAGCUGACCGAGGUGUGGAGGCAGGCAGACCAGACCUUCAUCUCUCUGCUGCAGGCUGUCAGGCUGGGAAGGUGCUCAGAUGAAGUGACCCACCAGCUCCAGGCCACAGCCUCCCAUAAGGUGGGGCGAGAUGGGAUUGUGGCCACGAGGCUUUGCACUCACCAGGAUGAUGUGGCCCUCACCAAUGAGAGGCGACUGCAGGAACUGCCAGGUGAGGUACACAGCUUUAAGGCCAUGGACAGUGACCCCGAGCAAGCCCGAACCCUGAAUGCCCAUUGUCCUGUUAGCCAGAUCCUUCAACUAAAGCUGGGGGCCCAGGUGAUGUUGGUGAAGAACUUAGCGGUGUCCCGAGGCCUGGUGAAUGGUGCCCGUGGGGUGGUUGUUGGGUUCGAGACAGAGGGGAGAGGGCUGCCCCAGGUGCGGUUCCUGUGUGGAGUCACCGAGGUCAUCCAUGCUGACCGCUGGACGGUGCAGGCCACUGGCGGCCAACUCCUCAGUCGGCAGCAGCUGCCCCUCCAGCUGGCCUGGGCAAUAUCUAUCCACAAGAGCCAGGGCAUGACCCUGGAUUGCGUGGAGAUCUCUCUGGGCCGAGUGUUUGCCAGUGGCCAGGCCUAUGUGGCCCUUUCCCGGGCCCGCAGUCUGCAGGGCCUGCGUGUGCUGGACUUUGAUCCCAUGGUGGUUCGCUGUGACCCUCGUGUGCUGAGCUUCUAUGCCACUCUGCAGAGGGGCAGGGGCCUCAAGAUGCAGCUCCAACAGGUUGCGGGAAUCUUAGAUGCAAAAUGCCAAGAAUGCCAAAGAAAGUCCUGCAGUAUGCCAAAGAAACCUCAAGAGACCCACCCCAACCACCUGAGGAUCAACUCUAAGGAUCAAAGAAUGCUGCUACGUACAUACACAGGCCUUGGGCUCAGUGUGUUACACACAGUACUGAUUUUAUUUCAUAUACAUUGUGAGGGAUGUACCACACCUUGUUUAUCUGUUCAUCAGUUGGUGGAGAGUCGGGCUGUCUCCACUUUUUGGCUAUCAGGAAUACCACUGCUAUGAAGACUCAUGUACAGGUUUUGGCUUGAAUACCUGUUUUCAAUUCUUUGGGGUUCCUGGCAUCCCGUUCUCUCUCCCAUCUUGGGAGAAGAAAUGUAGUCAUUGACAUAUUAGUAUAAAAGUACUUCUCUCAGGGAUUUUUCCAUGGUAACCCAAGCCUUCCAUUCAUUCAAUGUUCAUUACUGAACCCCUUCUACAAGGACUUGGGCUGGGUCCUAAGGAUUCAGAGAUACAAAAACAAACAAACAAGCAAACAAAAAAAUCAUCCCUGUCCUCAGGGAUGAUGUCCUCCCCUAAUUUUCAGCCAUGUGGGAAUGGAAGAAAUAGCUUUUUUUUUUUUUUUUUUUUUUGGAAGUGAGGGAGAUGCUGCUCUUUGGUUUGAAGUGAAGUUCUAGGUUCUAUUCCUUUGCUGAUUUUAUAACCUCUCCUCCUGUUGCCCUACAGCUCUGAGACCAUCAGAGAACUUCCAGAACCAGGAUUUCACUUAGCACUCAUGCGAGCCUGGAUAAUACUCAUGAAAGCCAAAGGCAUCUCUAGUUUUACUAUGAGAAAACUAAGUCUUAGAAAGUAAACUGCCUGCCCAUGUCAUACAGGUUGCUAUUGUCGCCUGGAUUCAAACCUAGAUCUUCUGGCACAGGUAUUUUGGAAACACUGUUUGCCUUGGAUUUGAACCUAUGAUACAUGUUACUAUGUGGCCCAGAGUAAAGGAGGCAAGAGGAGAAAGAGAGAGCUCAGACACUUAGGGCUGAAAUUACCCGAUCUCUGGUCCUGAUCUGCACCACUCUGACCUUGGCCUUCAAACUAGCAGUAGGACCACCAGCAAUAAUCACAACCCCCAAGAAUUUACCAUGAGGUUAUUUGUCUUAUGUAACGCAUCCCUGAAGUUGUGGAUUAGUUUCCCCAUUUUACAGAUGAAUUGAUUGAUACUUAGCUGGGAACUUGUCCAAGGUCACCAAAUCAGAAUCCCAUCAUAGGGCUGCCUCAUGCUUCUUGUACCACCCAUGCCAUCCACCAGUAGCUAGGCAAGUUCCCCCAAUACUUCUGAGCCCCUGCUUUCUAAUCUAUAACUAGGGAUAGCAGGAACAAUGCGAGGACUGUAUGAGAAGGCAUAUUCACUGCCUAGGGUAGGAAGAAGCAGGUACUUUAUAAAUGACAGCAUCCUGCUCCCUUCCCUUCCUGAGACCUCUUGCACCCAAGUGGAGUUUAAACCUAUAAAUGCCAAAAAAUACACCUCAGAUACAUCCUA